AUGGACUACUACAAUCAGGACUACAAGGGCCAGUCAGAACGGUCACGAUGGACGCCCUUAACGCGGAUGCUGUUGUCGGGUGAGAUGACCCAGGAGAGGCAGAAGGAAUUGUCGGCGAAAGAAAAGUUUGAUAGGUGGAUGGUGAACGAAGGUUACAGGAGAGUAUUCGUCUUCGUUUUCGCGCUCCUCCACAUGUUGGUCUUCGCCUUUGCCUUCGUCAACUACGGCGUCAAGGACAACUUGCAAAUAGCGCGAGACACAUUCGGCCCGACAUUCAUGAUUGCUCGAUCCGCCGCCCUCGUGCUGCAUCUGGAUGUUGCUCUCGUCCUCUUCCCCGUGUGCAGGACGCUCAUCUCUCUUGCACGUCAGACCCCGCUCAACGGCAUCAUCCAGUUCGACAAGAACAUCACCUUCCACAAGGUCACCGCCUGGUCCAUCGUUUUCUGGUCGUGGGUGCACACCAUCGCCCAUUGGAACAACUUGGGCCAAGCUGCCGCCAAGAACAACCUCGGCGUCUACGGUUUCUUGGUUGCUAACCUCGUCUCCGGUCCCGGCUGGACUGGAUACGUCAUGCUGGUGGCCUUGAUGGGCAUGGUCUUCACCUCGGUGGAGAAGCCCCGCCGCGCCAACUACGAGCGAUUCUGGUACACCCACCACAUGUUUAUCAUUUUCUUCUUCUUCUGGUCCAUCCACGGUGCCUUCUGCAUGAUUCAGCCCGAUUUCGCUCCUUUCUGUACCGCCACUGGAGCCUCGGCCGUCGGUGUCUUCUGGCAGUACUGGAUGUACGGAGGCUUCGCCUAUCUUGCCGAGCGAAUUGCCCGCGAGGUCAGGGGCAAACACAAGACGUAUAUUUCCAAGGUCAUCCAGCACCCCAGCAAUGUCUGUGAGAUCCAGAUCAAGAAGGAGCACACAAAGACCCGUGCUGGCCAGUACAUCUUCCUGUGCUGCCCCGCCGUAUCUCUGUGGCAGUACCAUCCCUUCACGCUCACCAGCGCUCCCGAGGAGGACUACAUUUCGAUCCACAUGCGUAUUGUCGGUGACUUCACCAGGACUCUCGCCCAGACCCUAGGUUGUGAGUUUGAAAAGAGGGGUGGCGGCGGCGACAAAAAGGACACAAGCCAAGUUGUUGGCGUCGACGGCGAGAACCCCGACGUCGACCCCGCGCUCCGACGAGUUCUUCCCCGAGUCUACGUUGAUGGGCCUUUCGGGUCGGCCUCCGAGGACGUGUUCAAGUACGAGAUUUCGGUCCUUGUCGGUGCGGGUAUCGGUGUCACUCCCUUCGCGUCCAUUCUCAAGUCGAUCUGGUACCGCAUGAACUACCCCAAGAAGCGAACCCGGCUCAGCAAGGUCUACUUCUUCUGGAUCUGCCGAGACUUCGGAUCGUUCGAGUGGUUCAGGUCUCUCUUGCUCGCCAUCGAGGCACAGGACGUCGACAACAGGAUCGAGAUCCACACGUACCUCACGGCUAAGAUCAAGGCGGACGACGCCACGAAUAUCAUGAUUAACGACGCCAAUGCUGACAAGGACACGAUUACCGGUCUCCGAUCGCCCACCAACUUUGGAAGGCCUAACUGGGACAUGAUCUUCAGGGGUAUCCGCAAGCUGCACUCGCCUGCUGAGGCUGGUGUUUUCUUCUGCGGCCCCAAGGGCUUGGGCAGCGCGCUGCAUAUUUUCUGCAACAAGUACAGCGAGCCUGGAUUCUCUUUUGUUUGGGGCAAGGAAAACUUUUAG